CUUAAAUCUGUUCAGGGUAGAAUGCGGUACACAGACAGUUAAACAAACACACAGCACAAAACAACUUUAAAUAGGAAAAUGUUUAAAUUUCUGCUUUGAUUCGUUCUACAAUUGAAAACUUCUACCAUUCAAUAUGAAAACAAAUGGAUUACUUGUUCUUGGAUUAACUGGAGGACUUUUUCUAUUAUCCGUAGCGUUUUUGCACUCCGAUUCAUUUCAAAGAAGUGUUACCGGUGAAAUUGUAAGACAUAAGAGAUCUUCAGGAGUAGCUGCAACGAAUGAGUCACAGCAUCAAACUAAUGUCAGCCAGAGCUCUAAUCAUAACGAAUCCAGUUCAAGUCAUGACUCUAGCACAUCAGUACAUCGGUACCAGGUGGUUACUAUCAACUGGGCACGAGUGGCAAAUCCGUUCAUAAUAUCUAUAUGGAUCAUAUUUGCUGGAAUUACAAAAAUAGCGUUUCAUCUCAUCCAAAAGUAUGUCUCUCGAGUCCCUGAGAGUUGCAUUCUCAUCUGUCUUGGAUUGGUGGUUGGAGGUAUCGCUUACUCCAUCGACAAAGACCAUCGGAUCGAGCAGUUGCUCUUUAACCCGGACACAUUCUUCCUCUUCAUUCUGCCUCCUAUAGUGAUGGAAGCUGGAUACUUUAUGCCGAAAGAAUCAUUUUUUGAUAAUCUCGGCACCAUUUUGACUUAUGCUAUUAUAGGGACAAUAUUUAAUGCUCUAUGUAUUGGCUCAUCGCUAUUUGCUGUGUAUAAAUGGGGAUUAAUGCCAGGUAUUGAAGAAUACGGCUCAUUAGAGUUUCUCCAUUGCCUUUUAUUCGGGAGUAUUAUAUCAGCCGUAGACCCUGUUGCUGUGAUAUCGGUUUUCGAGGAGAUCCAUGUUAACACUGUGUUGUACAUUUGUGUGUUCGGAGAAUCCCUGUUGAAUGAUGGCGUGGCAGUGGUUCUGUACAAAAUGUUCGAAGGUUACAUUGAAAUUGGCCAAGAAAACAUCAUCGGGAUUGAUAUUGUUGCUGCCAUUGCUUCUUUCUUUGUUGUGGCAUUUGGUGGUCUGUUUAUUGGAAUACUCUUUGGUUACGCUGGUUCCUUCAUCACUAAAUACACGGUUCACAAUCGUAUUGUAGAGCCCACAUUUGUGUUUGUAGUCUGCUACAUCGCAUACCUUUCUGCUGAGAUUUUCCACCUUUCUGGAAUCAUCUCGAUUGUGUUUGCUGCCUUCACAAUGAGCACGUAUGUGGAGCACAACAUAUCCACAAAGUCCCACACCACAGUCAAAUAUGGGAUGAAGAUGCUUGCCAACAUUGCCGAGACGAUCAUCUUUAUGCUUCUCGGAAUCGCAGCUGUCAGCGACUUCUGGCAAUAUUGGAACACAGGCUUCGUGCUUUGGACAUUAUUUUUUAUCACCCUCUACAGAGCCAUAGGUGUUGUGGGCCUUACGUUUGUGAUAAACUACAUAAGAUUAGACAAGAUUAAUCGCGUGGAUCAGUUCGUCAUGGCAUAUGGGGGUUUACGUGGUGCGAUCGCAUUCUCUCUUGUUUCCCUUACACAACCUGAGCAUGUACCAACAAUCAAAACAAUGAUAUGCUCAUGUAUUGUUGCCAUUCUGUUUACAUCAUUCGUGCAGGGCUCAACCAUUCGUCCCAUUGUGGAGCUACUUCACGUCAAAACCUCGGCAAAAUACAAGAAGUCGAUGUUUGAAGACGUCAAUUUAAGGAUGAUUGACCAUGUAAUGACUGGAGUAGAGGAUAUUAUUGGACAUCAUGGCCACCAUUACUGGAUGCAAAGACUGCAGAAGUUCAACACAGAGUAUUUAAUGCGAUGGUUCGUCCGAGAUCCCUACCUAAGUCGUGACCAUGAGCUGUUGGAUACAUUCCAUAGGAUUAACAAGCGUGACGCUGAAGAUUUGGUUGAGGAAUUUGAAAGGGGUAAUAGCAGCAAUGAAAUUGCGUCGGGUACUUUUGCUAACCUCCUCCUACCUUAUGAGAUGAGGAGAUCUCAUUCACAUGCUUCGUUUAACCACCUUGUGAGACAGCAAGGUCUAACAAACACAUGCAUCGACAUGCAUGCAUUGGAAGCACAAGGUAGAGCUAACGGUGCAGGUCGUACAUUGGAAGAUGCCGAUGUCCAUCAUCUACUGCAGCAAAACCUUUACAAACCAAGAGCAAGGGAAGUGACACGUUAUCGCCGUGGAAACUUAGAAGAUGACGGGACGAGGAAGAGGCAAGAGGAGGAGAUUUUAAUUCGACGGAAAAUCAAUGUUCGACACAGAAGACACCAUAAGCACAAACAUAAUAGACACAAGACUCGAAGCUCAUCCAAGUCUCAGAUGUCGGGGGGAUCAAUUAAGAAGCAUAGCACAGGCUCUUGUACGGAGAGCACAAGAUUGUUAAAGGCUCCCAACUUUGUAGUGGAGCAACAGCAGGAGAUGAAAAUAGCUCCUCCAGAAGAGGAUCAGGGCAUCACCUUCACAGCUGGGAAGAAGCCAGUUCAACCCCGUAACGGAUGCAGCACAGCCCGGAACCCCCUUGGGUUCAUGAGCUCAUUUGACGUGCUGCCAGAGGAGACCCUUACAGAUGUAGCAGCUGAAGGGGUUGAAGAGACCGAUACAACUCAUGUCAACAUUGAAAGUUGUGCAAUAGAUCGUGAGUUGCCAUGGAAACGAAAUCCAUCAAAUAAUGAUGUGGUUAGUGACCCACAUAACACUACAACAUUUGAAACAGUUGCCCUGCUACAGGUUCCUUCAAUACGAGGAGCCAGUCCCAGAAACCUCACCAGAAAGUUGUUCUAACUUGGAAAACGUCUGGCCAAGCAACACCAACAACAACAGCUCCAACCCUGAGGAUGGCGGGCUUCACUUUAUAUUAGAUAAAUGGGAAUCGCUGGAAGAGGAUCAGAUUUAAACCCAGCUUUAAAGUUGUAUGAAAUAACCCUUCCUUCCCAAUGUACAUACUGCGCCACCUUCAAAGCACGCCUAUAGGUGCUGGUGGUUUUCAAAGCAUUGUAAUAUAUUGAUUCUAUGCAAUAAUCAGUAGUUUUAAUCCUUGCUUUGCGAAUUGGACCAAUAACUGCAAUUACAUGACCAAUCAAAAAUGCUUUGGUUCGCUUUACAACAAUUAUGGUUACCAUGGAAAAAACAUCUCGUUCAAACUAUUGCAUCAAUAUUUGACACAAAGCCUUCAAAAUACUUGACUUUCUUUUGUAUACGAACCUGUAACUGAACUUCACUGGCAAAGCAAUGGCCCACUUUCAACUGCAAUCUAUGAUCUGUAGCUUUGUUGUAAUGUUGCAAGUAUUUUGAGCAUAGUUUAUGAUAUUCCUUUGCAUAAUAAUGCUAUUUGUAAAGAUAUAAGUUAAUACAACCCAACACUUAA